AUGCCUUCAGUCUCAUCUUAUGGCCGCAAGCCAGUAUCGCCAAAUCACGUCUCUGAGCUUCGCAAGCUGCUCCAGGAUACUUCGGCAGAGCUUCGUAUCUCAACCGACGUGGACUAUAAUCGCUCCAUCGCUCGAUGGUCGAAAGCAGCAGUAAAACCGGCGGGUUUGGUGGUUGUUCCCACGACGAGCGAUGAGGUUUCGAUCGUAGCGAAGUAUGCAGCUAAAGAGAACCUUGAUAUUGCGGUAAAAGGUGGAGGCCAUUCAACAGCCGGAGCGAGUAGCACAGAUGGCGGGUUGCUCUUUGAUCUUGACAAAAUGCGCACUAUUCGGGUCGACAGUGAGAAAAAGCUGUUUAUCGUUGGCGGUGGUGCUAAUUGGGGGGACGUUGACCAAGCUGCAGCCCCUUAUAAUCUUGCGACCGUGGGGGGAACCGUCGCUGACACCGGCGUUGGAGGACUGACCCUUGGGGGUGGUUAUGGCUGGCUGUCGGGCCUCUACGGAUUGUCGAUCGACGUAUUGAUCCAGUGUACAGUGGUCCUCGCAAACGGCGAUGUCGUCACCGCCAGCAAGCAGGAGAACGCUGACCUUUUCUGGGCUUUGCGUGGAGCGGGACAGAACUUCGGUGUCGCUACGGAAUUCAUUUUUCAGGCAUUCGACGUCCCACCAGAGGUCUAUGCAGGCUUACUUCUUUUCGAGCCAACAUCACACAAUAUGCAAGGCGUCACGGAAGCGGUGAACAGAGCGUAUGUCAUCAAUAGCGCAGGACAGGUCAAGGUCGACGGUCGCGGCUGUGGGGGCAUCGGUUUCAUGCGACCCCCUGGUCUCGAUACGGCAAUGAUCGCCGUUCCCAUCAUCUAUUUCGGAACUGCCGAGCAAGGUCAGGCUGUGUAUCGAGAUUUCUUUGACUUGGGCCCAAAGAUAUCUACAAUGAGCAUGGUUCCCUACGCGGAGAUCAACAAAUUCCUUGCACCACCAUACGGGUUGCGCGCUAGUAUGAAAGGCGCCGCAUUUACAUUGCCGUUGAGGCUUGCUUUCGUCCAAGAGAUAUUUGGAGAAUACCAGAAAUUCGUAGACCGAAACGAUGACGCGCAAGGCAGUGUCCUGAUCUGGGAAUUAAUCGACACCAGGAAAGUCGCGGAAUUCGACGCCGGUAGUUUUGCAAAUCGAGGAACUCAUGGGAACAGCCUGAUCUGUCCAAUCUGGACAAAGCCAGAAAAUGACGCUGUUUGUCGUGAAUGGGCUCGAUACAUCAACGAGAAGUUCAAGAAAGAGCUGAUCGACCACAGCGAUCAAGUGGUCUGUCCCUCUGCGGAAGUCACCACUAUUAGAGGUCGGAAGAAAGCCACUCAAUUCUACGGAAACUACGACCACUACGACGAGAAAUCGAAAGACAUCUUCGGUGAUAAUUACGAGGAACUGCAAGCCCUCAAGACUCGCUUUGACCCUGGGAAUAUGUUCAACAAACUUUUCGCUAUACCACCGCUGGCCAACUGA